AUGAGCUUCAUGGAUACAUCGCUGCAGGCUCCAGUGCUUGCAAAGGCUGACGCCGAUGGCGCGGCAUCAGCCGACACAUCACCGGCUUCUGGUUCUGACGAUUCCAUCACCGUCCACUUGCUCUAUGCAUCUGGUCGUUCCAUCCCUCUUCCAGUGCAGAUCUCGAAUACCAUUCGUGAUGUGAAGCACCAGAUCCGGAAGACCUAUGAGCAUGAAGAUGCCCCGCCUGGCUACUCGGAUGGCUCUGUCCUGAAGCUCAUUCUCAGCUCGGUGGAACUUGAAGACGCACGAACCAUGGCUGAUCAUGGCAUCAAAGACGGGGAGACACUGACCAUCGUCGUGCAGCCACCGAAGCCGCCCCAAACAAAGUCAAGGUUAAAAAAAACUCUCGGAUCAGUUCGACACAACGCUUAA